CAAAUUGCGUCGUCUUGUUCCCUCUCGGCGCUGUUGUAGUGGCUUGUGCUUGGCGCUACUGUUGAAAGCAUUUAUAUCGGAGUUUAAGGAAGGAAAAGAAAUGGGCCUUUUUAUCAUUAGGUGUCUGGUGAUAGUUGUUGUAGCCAAAAAUGACAUUUGGUUCAUUAUUGCAAUUUUAAAGCAGUCUUCAAUUUUUUUAGAGAAUCCUAAAUGUGGUAUUGCCUUAUGACAAAGACACACUGGUGUGGUGGAUCCCCAGCGUUCCGGUUUCACGGUAGUAAAUAAAGGUAACUACUCAGUGAAAAGCGACCGACAACGACCCUCUCGUCUUAAUAUAUUCCUUGUCAUAGACAAUGGUGUAUGCUAAACUGCACACCUUUAGGCAUACUUCUAUAAUGCUUAACCAUCCUUAUUGUAAUCAAACGAGUACUAAAAUAAGUGGCUUUUCGUAUGUUUGGAUCGAGCCGAAACGAACAGACGUAAUGUCAUUGUGUAUGCCUCGUAGAAAUUAAAUGCACUGUUCAAUUAACGAUCUGAAGAAAAAGAGCAACGAAGUGUUAGGUCGCUUAAAACGCAACUAACACAAUGAAUUCAAUGGCAACAGAAUGCGAAAAGCACUUUUAUAUAAGCUACUAGACUACAAAAGUCUAUUAGCUGGCGAAGGUCGAAACUCAAGAUGUGUCUUAAAGUGCGAGCUAUCCUGUCGAACUUCUUUUGUCCGCCAACCACAUUCGAAGAAAUCGAAGAGCGAGAAGCAAGGGCCGAGCGCGUCCUUAGACCGAUAUCAAGAGGUCUCCUGCGGAGUUUGUCAGCGCUUGCGGCUUACAUCGCACUGGCCUGUAUUUUGGACUGGGAUAAUGUAGCCGAAUCGAGCCGAGGUGAACUAAAUUUUCCCGUGCGCCUAAUCAAUAUUUCAGUUGAUAUCACUGGUGAGCCACUGAUGUGCCCUGAAUACAGAGAUCAUAUGGGCGAACGUUAUAUGCAAACCUUUAAUUUUGUUCACUCUAAGGAUUAUCUUGUUAAUGAAGCGUCUCAGAAUAAGGAUGACGACGACGACGACAACAGUGUACGGCAAUCCUUCCGUAUUGCUGCCAUUUCAGAGAAGUACCCGUACCUGAAGAGGGUUCUGUGUAAUGGCAGAAAACUUAGUGUCAAGGUUGCCAGUGAAUUGCCUAUUCAGAGACGAUUGCGCGUUUAUGCGACGUAUAGAAAGCUGCGACGGAAAUCAGACGUAGGUGAGCACUUCAACAUUGUACUGAUAAACCUUAGUUCUUCAUUUACUUUUAUGGUGAAGUUCAGUCUGAUAGACUCUAAGUCGCAUCGACAGGUACCUAGUAAAGUUUCGCACUUGGACAAACUAUUCAUCAACUUCCCGCACGUAAUUAAAGUUUAUCUACCGCUGUUCGAAAUACAAAGCUUAAUCAGGAGCGUUAGACGGGCAAGGCCGAAAUAUCCAACAUGUGAUCCUGGUUACAAUGUCUCUUCGGGCGUACUCGAAGCUGUACCCGCUGGGAUUUCCGUUUAUCGUAUCGGAAAACGACCGAAAUACGAAAGUCUAAAAGAGGAUUGCUUUUAACUGCGGAAUCAAAUGAGCUGUAAUAUAAGCAAGCCACUUCGCACUAGAUAAAAUUAAAAUAUAUGUCACUGACGGCUAUACAGUAAAAGCUUUUUGCGAAAAGUUAUGCCGCUACUACAGAAGCAACAGUUGCAGAAUUUAUUUAGUUCUGGCUUUCUAAAUUAAUUAAGGAAAAACAAAAAAUUUUACGUAAAACGAUGUUUACUAUUUUAAUUACCCAUUGCAGUACAUUUGAAUGGUUAGGGUUAUCAAACCAAUUGUCGAGCCAGCAUAAGGCUACUUCAGUUGCUUAUGUUCUCCCUAUUGGCUUGUCCCCUUUAGACAAUAAAAUGUAAUGUUGAGUCAUAUAGUCAAAGCAAUCUCAGCUUAAAUGCGUUCGGACCGUUUGUGCAAGUGUGGAGUUAUAAUAACUAAUCAUUAAUUUCAAAAAAGCAAAAUAAAAUCAAUUUAAUGAAAAAUAAAUUGUGUUUUUAUUUAUCUGUAUCGAAACUUUUGUAAUUUUAGAUACUAGCCAUCAUUGAAAAAAUAGUUAGAUAAGGACGCCUUAAUGGCUUACUUCUUAUAACUUUGUUUUCACUUCUAGUAAUUUUUCGGAAUUUUUGGAACAUUAUAUAUAUAUAUAUAUAUAUAUUAAGUAUGGAUCAAUUCGAAAAUAGGUAUCCUUUUCUAGUGGUGGUAUAUAUGCCGUGAAUCAAUAUUUACAAACUAUCAAAAAGGUAAGGCUUGCUUCAAAAUUAUACGGAUUGAUACGCAAGCAUGUCAGAACAAAAAAAUUUAAGCUUCAAGAGUAAUUCAAUUUUUAAUUGCGCCUUAAACAAUUCGAGGUCUUAAAUCCCUGUAAGUACGAGGUAUGCUUGCGGCAUGUGGCACUCUGAUUGUUUGAGACGAAUCGCAACUGGGUAAUUACCGAUGUUCUAUAUCGAACUUGGCGUAGACCAUACUGUUUGACAAAGAAUGCCUAGCUGGUUUUUCGUUCUAUAAAUGCCUAUUACGG